UGUAAACGGAAUCCCCUGGCUGAGUCCGUCCGGGGAGGGAAAUGCGAAGGCUGGGAGGGGCGCCGGGCGAUCGGAGCCAGGAGGGGGCCUGAAGGAAACGGUCUGGCGGUCCCUCUCCGGAUCUCUCUUGCUUGCUUGCCCAAUAAAAGGUCUCCCGCCCGCCCCGGCCCCGCUCGGUGGACUACCAGACCCGGAGCGCAGUCUGAGAGCAGCCGCCUGACCGAGGCGAGUCCUGGUCCUGCGCCGGCCCCGAAGCCGCGAUGAAGGUAACCUCGCUGGACGCCCGUCAGCUGAAGCCGCUGCUGCGGAAGGAGCCCGCCCGCUGCCUGGUGCUGGAUUGCAGACCCUACCUCUCCUACUCGGCCUCCUGCCUCCGCGGCUCGCUCAAUGUCAACCUCAACUCGGUCGUGAUCCGCCGGGCCCGCGGGCGACCCGUGCCUCUGCACUUCGUGGUGCCCGACGAGACGGCCCGAGGGCGGCUGCUCCUGCCGCCGGCGUGCCCGGGCGAGAGGGAAGGGGACGGGGGGCCCUCUCUGCGGCUGACGGCGGUGAUCGUCCUCGACCAGAGCACGCGGCACUGGCGGAAACUCAAGAAAGACAGCACGGCUCAGAUCGUCCUCAACACGCUGCUGGCCAGCCUGCCCGAGCCCGGCGCCCGCGUCUGCUUCCUGAAAGGAGGAUAUGAUACCUUUUAUUCUCUGUACCCUGAGUUCUGUGUAGAUGUGAAGCCUGUGUCCCAAGAGAGAACUGAAACAGAGAGAAGCAUCAAUAGCCACUAUGAGAAGCAGUGCCUCCACCACAAACCAGCAUAUGAUCAGGGUGGCCCAGUGGAGAUCUUACCUUUCCUGUACCUUGGCAGUGCCUACCAUGCUUCUAAGUGUGAGUUCCUAGCCAAUCUGAACAUCACUGCACUCCUGAAUGUUUCCAGAAAGAGCUCAGAGCCCUUUACAGAUCAAUACUGCUAUAAAUGGAUUCCAGUAGAGGAUAACCAUACAGCAGACAUCAGUUCUCACUUUCAGGAAGCUAUAGACUUCAUUGACUGCAUCAGACGGGCCGGGGGCAAAAUCUUGGUGCACUGCGAAGCUGGAAUUUCUCGCUCUCCCACGAUCUGCAUGGCUUAUCUCAUGAAAAUGAGAAAGUUCCGUCUGGAGGAGGCUUUUGAUUACAUCAAACAACGUAGGAGUCUGAUCUCACCAAACUUUGGUUUCAUGGGCCAGCUGCUGCAGUAUGAGUCAGAAAUACUGUCUUCAACACCCAGCCCUCCUGUCGCCUCUUGCAAAAGGGAUGCUGUGUCUUUCUUUACUGAAGAACUCUCCUUGAGUAAAAGUUUUGAAGGCUCCUGUUACACUUUUCCUACCUCAGUUUUGAAUUCUGUACCAAUUCACUCACCCGUCCAUCAGCUAAAACUUAAUCCUAUUGCUGCAACUUCAUCUUGCUGGACUCUUCUGGGAGCCAGGGACAAUACAGUCCAGUGAACCCAGCAGAGAUGACCAGACAUUUCAUCAACAUGCAAUACAGACGAUCUCAUGGAUUUCAUCCCAGAUGAGAUGUUUUUGAUUUGAAGGGCCAUCUCCUGCAGGAAGGAAAAGUAUGGCCUUAUACUGAGAUGCAGUCAAAGUUUGAACCUGCUUGGGCUCAAUGUGUAGUUUCAAGGCCUUACCUUGUACUGAGCCAAGCUACUUAUGCUCAAAUUGACCUAGAAACUGAACUGGAAAACAUUCUUCCUUUUCUCAAAAGUAAGUGUCCUUCCUUUUGGAGGAGAAAUGUGUUUAUGGACACUAGCUAGGUCAAGCUUUCAAAAGACUAUGUUUUAAAAAGGAAAUACGUGCAUCUUUAAGGAUGUUCUUAAAUAACUUCUGGGAUCUGUGUGCAUCCACUACUGUACUUCCAGACCAUGCUGGAGCAAAGAGAGCUACACACAAAAUCAGGCCUGGCCAAUUGCUUCUCAGUUCCUGCUGCCUCCUCUUAAUUACAGCUUUGUUUUAAAGUGUAAGCAAUAAACAGCUGUGUCAGGAAAGUGGAGCUGUAAUGAAAAGCACAAUUUAUGAAAGAAGCAAACCUUGACAUUUUAGUGGUGGCAGAAACUUGAAUGUUUGCCUUUUCCUGUUUUUAUUCCUACACUGCAGGUUACAAGAGGAUCAGAAAACAUAGGAAGCAAACUUUCCUCUUCCCACACCCAUGGGUUCUCCACUGUUUAUUACUGUACAACUGGGGUCUAUGUCAGAGUUACAUUCUUCCCUAGAAGCUUUGUGAGGGGGGGGGGGUUGUAAUUUUCUAGGCUAUGUAAUUUAGGUAGAUUUGAGAAGAGCAACUUCUAGAUACCCCAAGGCUGCUCAAAACCUGAUAGGAGAGCUGCCUUCUGUAUCAUCCAGGUGAAUCCAGCUAGGAAUUAAGGCCCCGUAUUUGAUAGGACACAUAGGUCCCAUCAAAACUCAGUGGGUUCUUCAAAUACAUACCUGCUAUAUUAUAUUAGAAACUCUGGCACUCUAUGACCUGGUCUAAAUGAUGUACUUAUCAAAUUUCUGAUUGCAGAUGCAAUGCCUGGUGUUAGUACUUACUAAGAGUGUUGAUUAUUGGCAAAAAUAAUAUGCACUGCAUGGUGUGAAGGUUUUUUUUAAAAAGUUUUUCUAUUGUGAUGGGCUCCCCGUCCUUCCCUAAGUUGGAGCUCUGGAGGUUCCGUAUCCCAUGAGACAUUGAUAACUUUCUAAAGGAAGCUGUAGAGGCCAUCAUUUGCUCCAGGCCGCAGUUUGGCUCAGGAUGUGGAACAUUAGGGUUGCCUGUCCCCAGGUCCUGGCAGGGGUUCCCCUGGUUUUUAAGGGCUUCUGCCUGCCACUGGCCAAUUGGCUGGCAGGGGAAA